GCGGGGUCACACUGUGUCACGUGACUCGACGGAAAAAAAAAAAAGCAGCAGCAGCAGCAGCGAUGGAGAAAAGCUAAGGAAGGAAUCUGCCCCGGCAGUGGAUUCCUCUCUACACAGAGUGUUUGUGGAAUGGCAGCAGUUUGGCAGCAGGUUUUGGCAGUGGAUGCAAGGUACAAUGCUUACCGCACGCCUACGUUCCCUCAGUUCCGAACUCAGUACAUCCGCCGACGCAGCCAGCUGCUCAGAGAGAACGCCAAGUGUGGCUUUGAGCCGGGGCUGCGCAGGCAGUACCUGAGGCUGCGCAGUCAGCUGCUGGCCCUGCGCUACGGGCCCCUGUCUGAGCAGAGCAGCUUCAGGGCCAGCAGUGUGCGCAGCUCCCGCACCACACUGGACCGCAUGGAGGACUUUGAGGAGGACCCCCGCGCCCAAGGGGCUCGUGGUCACCGUCGGUCCGUCAGCAGAGGCUCCUACCAGCUACAGGCCCAGAUGAACAGAGCCGUUUAUGAUGAGAGGCCUCCGGGCAGUUUGGUGCCCACCUCAGUGGCAGAGGCCAGUCGAGCCAUGGCUGGAGACACAACUUUGAGUGAAAACUAUGCUUUUGCUGGCAUGCAUCACAUAUUUGACCAACAUGUAGACUCUGCUGUUCCACGUUUGCAGUUUGCCAACGAUGACAAGCACCUCCUUGCUUGCUGCUCGCUGGACGGCACCCUGUCCAUCAUGACUUUGUCCCCGUCUCCUCCUACUGUGAAGGUGACCUUGAAAGGUCAUGGGGGUCCAGUCACAGACUUUGCUUGGUCUUUGAGCAAUGACAUCAUUGUUUCUACAUCCCUGGAUGGGACUCUGCGUAUCUGGAACACAGAGGAUGGUCGGUGCAUCCGAGAGGUCAGAGACCCAGAAUCCAGCGAGUUGCUCUGCUGCACCUUCCAGCCCAUGAAUAACAACCUUACUGUGGUGGGAAACAGCAAGCACCACCUGCAGGUGGUGAACAUCUCCACUGGGAAGAAGGUGAAGGGGGGCUCCAGUAAGCUGACAGGCCGCGUGCUGUCUCUCUCCUUUGAUGCUCCAGGGAGGAUCCUUUGGGCGGGUGAUGACAGGGGAAGCAUCUUCUCCUUCCUCUUUGACAUGGCCACAGGGAAGCUAACCAAAGCCAAGCGUCUGGUGGUGAGUGAAGGCAGCUCCAUCUGCAGCAUAUCUGCUCGGUCCUGGAUUAGCAGAGAGGCCAGAGACCCCUCCCUGCUGGUUAACGCCUGUGUCAAUAAGCUACUGCUGUACAGGGUGGUGGACAAUGAUGGUACACUGCAGCUAAAGAGAAGCUUCCCUAUUCAGCACGGCUCCCAGCACGUUCACAGCAUCUUCUGCCCCCUCAUGUCUUUCAGACAGGGGGCCUGUGUGGUUACUGGCAGCGAGGAUGCCUGUGUCUACUUCUUCGACGUGGAACGCAACACCAAAGCGAUCGUGAACAAGUUGCAGGGUCACGGGGGGCCUGUGCUGGACGUCAGCUUCAACUGUGACGAGAGUUUACUGGCGUCUGCCGACUCCACCGGCAUGGUCAUCAUCUGGAGGCGGGAGCAAAAGUGACUGAUCUACCAAUGAAAACGCUUCCAUCCGCAUCAACUCCUUAACCGUCCGAUAACAAAUGUGUAGAUUUUCACUGGAAUGUAACAGGCUGCAUUGAACGUUUAAUUUAAUGAUACUCAAGUGCAAUCAGAUAGAAAUCCAUGCUGUGUAGGUGGUAGGGAUGUCUUCAGAGAAAUUCAAGGGGUUAGUGACUGAGUUCUGUGAGUGUGUGUGUUUGUGUGUGUGUGUGUGUGUGUGUGUGUGUGUGUGCUUGUGUCAGUACUCCUACAGCUGCAGCUGAGAAAUUGCUUUUCGACCAAGAAAGAAAGAGCACUACUCCCAUGCAUGUGUCAUGGCUUACCUCUGACUUGUAAGGUAUGACUGAAUUCAUGUGAAGAGGAUAAAACAAUCUUCCAGAUAUACCAGAUCCAACACUGUAUCACACUAACAUUCCCUCUGGCGUAGAUCUAGUUCACCCUUUAUGUAACUGUUAUUCAAGCAGUGUAAUCAAUGUAGUAACCUUCCUUUUUAUGCUUUCAGUCCCGCAAUUGCCUGUUUGCUUUUGAGGACAAUGUGCAUGACAUAAAAAAAAAAACUCCCAUCAGUCUGUAGGCAUAUCAGUUCCAUCACAAAGAAUGACAAAUAAGUGAGUUUUUAAGUACUUAUCUAUUUGUGUGUGUGUGUGUUUGUGUUUCAUGCUGGUUGCAGAUUAAUAUAAUUUAUUCAACAUACAUACAGAAUAAACUCCUGUAACUGUCA